AUGGAGUUGUCUUCUCUGAUUGUAUCAAAUAAUAGGAAGCAUAUUUUAGUUGUGUUCAUAGGUUUAGUAUGCAUCUCGAAAAUAGCCUUAGCUUCUGCUGAGGAAAGCCAGAUUUACACGGUGCAUUUGGGUGAGAGGCAACAUGAUGAUCCUAAUCUUGUUACUGAUUCACAUCAUGAAAUUCUUGGAUCGCUUCUUGGAAGCAAAGAAGCUUCCCGCGAGUCUAUGAUUUAUAGUUAUAGACAUGGCUUCUCAGGAUUUUCAGCGCAACUCACACCAUCCCAAGCAAAGGAGCUUUCAGAGCAUCCCCAUGUUGUUCAUGUAACGAGAAGCAAGAACAUGAAGCUGAAAACAACAAGGGUUAGUGAUUACUUGGGACUCAGUUCAACGGCUCCAACGGGUCUACUCCAUGAAACCGAUAUGGGAAGUGAAACAAUUGUAGGAAUCUUGGACUCAGGAAUAGGGCCACGAUCGGACUCAUUCAAUGACAAAGGUCUUGGACCGAUCCCGGCGCGUUGGAAAGGACAAUGCAUGUCAGGAGAAGGAUUCAACGCAUCUACUGACUGCAACAGAAAGUUAAUCGGAGCUACUUACUACGCAAAGGGUCUACUCAGGAAGUACAACGGCACGUUUAACGCGGCAGAGAAAGACGAGGCUAUGUCUCCUUUAGACAAAGUCGGCCACGGAACACAUUGUGCAUCGACCGCUGCUGGUUCUUUUGUCCAAAACGUGAACUUCCUCGGUCAAGGUCAAGGAACCGCUAGAGGCAGUGCCCCAAGAGCCCGUAUAGCUUCUUACAAAGUGUGUUGGAACAACGAAGAGUGUUUCACUCCUGAUAUCAUCAAGGCAAUGGAUCAUGCAAUACGCGAUGGCGUGGAUGUUUUGUCGCUCUCUCUCGGAUCCGAAGUACCUCUAGAUUUUGAGGUCGAUAGGAGUGAUUUCGCUAUCGCUGCUUUCCACGCGGUUAUGAAGGGAAUCCCUGUUGUAUCCGCGGGAGGUAACGACGGUCCUCACACUCAAACUGUCGCUAACGUGGCUCCGUGGAUCAUAACCGUUGCAGCUACGACCAUGGACCGAGACUUCUUCACGCCCAUCACUCUUGGAAACAAUAUAACCCUACUGGGUCAAGAAACUCUAUACAACGGAAUGGAAGUUGGAUUCGCUGAUCUUGUUUAUUUCGACGAGCUAACAACGGAGGAUUUUGAAGCCGGUAAAGUUAAAGGAAAGAUCUUGUUUUACUUCGAUACAAGCAAUUCUGAUGUGGACAUCGCCGAUAUUGCGGAGAAGAAAGGCGCUGUUGGCGUCAUUAUGGCGUCGCAGCCAACCGACACUAUGGGAGAAACCCCCGGGCUUAUCCCUACCGCCUAUGUAGACUACGAAGUUGGGAUGGACAUUUUGUUGUAUAUUCAAACAACCACAGCGCCGAUAGCUAAGAUCAGCCCGACCAAGACAUUUGUUGGCCGGCCUGUAGCGUCUAAGGUCGCAAGAUUUUCUUCUAGAGGUCCCAAUUCAAUAUCUCCUGCCAUUCUCAAGCCGGAUAUAGCUGCACCAGGUUCGGGUAUACUCGCUGCCGUACCAUCAGAGACAGGGGCAGGAUACGAAUUCAUGUCGGGAACAUCGAUGGCUACACCUACCGUGACCGGAAUAGUUGCACUUCUUAGGCAAAAACGACCCAAGUGGUCUCCUGCCGCGAUCCGAUCCGCUCUCGUCACAACCGCGUUGCAAACCGACCCAUCGGGAGAGCCUAUCGUAGCCGAGGGUUCCCCGAGAAAACUGGCCGACCCAUUUGACUACGGAGGUGGCCUUGUGAACCCGGUGAAAGUAGCCGACCCGGGACUUGUUUACGACAUGGGCUACGAUGAAUAUGUUCAUUACUUGUGCUCCGCAGGCUAUGACGAUAGAUCAAUCUCGAAACUACUUGGAAAGAUCUACACUUGCCCUUCUCCAACUCCAUCCAUGCUUAAUGUCAACUUACCUUCCAUCACAAUCCCAUAUCUCAGUGAAGAGAUCACCAUUACUAGAACCGUGACCAAUGUCGGACCGGUUGGUUCGGUUUACAAAGCUGUGAUCCAAGAGCCUCAAGGUAUUAACGUGCAGGUGAAUCCUCAGACUCUUGUGUUCGGUUCCAACACCAACAAGACUACAUUUACGGUGAAAUUCUCCACGACUCAUAGAGUGAACACUGAUUAUCACUUUGGGAGCUUGACUUGGACUGAUAAUGGAGCACAUAAUGUCAGGAUUCCUCUUUCUGUGAGAACAAGAGUUUUGAACUUCAAGCUCUAA